AUCACGUCGUUAUCGAAGUGUCCGCACAUACACACAUACUUAUACGCUACACACACACACACACACACAAACACUAAUAAUAGAUUAAUAAACAAUCAUGAUUGUCACCAAAGUAGUGAAUGGUUUGUUGAUCGUAGUGCUGGUUGCAGUGGUGACGACGCGUCUGAUCGAGUGCUCUAUCCAGCAGUAUGACAGGUACAUGGAGGAAAUUUCGAUUAGAGCACAAUACAAGUGCGGCGAGCCGAAGCCUAGGAUCAUUUACCUGCACGAGAUCGUUGACAACGAGACGAUUUGGAUGGAAAAAUACGACAGUAAUGCCAAAAACGUGAGACCUUUCGGGGUGGUGUUGCACAGGUGCAACAACUCCGGUUGUUGCGAGGCGUACAACAAGCGCUGCGAACCGCUCCACGUGGAAACGGUGACUCUGAGCUUCAUGCUGGUCGUCCCGAGCGCGGACGGGACGACCUCCAAGAGCGUGUUCGAGGACCACGAGGUGAAGAACCACACGAAAUGCAGUUGUCAAAAGAUCGACGACAGUUUGAUAAAGAAAUAACAAUGUUGCAAGGGGCUCGAAACCAACGGAUGUACCAUCUAAAGCAACCCAAACGACCAGCUAAUGAUUCCAUCUGGGAGAGCGGUGGUGGAUGAAAUGCGUUAUGAUAGGUAGAUUGACU